AUGAUAGUAGAUGUUAUUUCAGAAGGAUUUCGUGGUGGCAGAUUAGGAGGAAGAGGAAUGUCCGCUUUUAAGGGUAAAGCUAGAAGUUUAGGAAUGAAAAAACCUGGAGUUCUGAAAAAUAAAAGUGUCAAAAGCAUUGGCAGAGGUUUGAAAUCAGGUUUCAAAACUGCUGGUGGCCUUUUCAAAGGAGCCGUGUCUGGAUUAGGAGGAUUGGCUUCUUCAAUUGGUGGUUUAGCGCUAGAUAGUUUUGACCUAGAUAGUUUUGACUUUCCAAAAUAUCGCUAUGGAAUAACUCAACAACUCCUCCUGGUUGGUGGUGGAAUAUUAGUUGCGGUAAUUGGAGCUUGCUUUGCUGGUGGAGCCCAGCUGCUAGGAAGAGGUCCUGCACAAUCCCUACCCGGUAGCAUUAGUAGCUACGGAUUGCAAGGCUCAUAUGGUGCUACAGGUUAUGGAACUGGAUACAGUGGCCUGAUAUAUGGUGCUGGCACUUACAGUCAACCAAGCUAUUAUUCACCGGCCGCAAAUGUGUAUGAAUCUCUUUAUUGA